AAGAAGAAGAAGAAGAAGAAGAAGAAGAAGAAAGAGGAUGUUUGACCAGACGCUGGAGUAUUUCUUGAGUCAGAGUCAGAUAAAGAAGAGGGACGCUGCAGAGGUCAAAUGGUCGCAUGCCGUCAAUAGCAGGAGCAGGCUGACAGAGGCUCUAACAGGUCCCACUCAUAUGAUUGAGGCUGAUAUAAUCAUGAGAGGUCAAGACCCCAAAGAGCCAAUCAUGGCACAUCCACCUGACACAGACAGUGACAUCACACUGAAGGAGUGGCUGGAAAGAGUGAAGAUGCACAACAAGGGAAUAAAACUAGACUUUAAGAGCCUGGAGGCGGUGUCUCCGUCUGUUGUUCUGCUGGAUGAGGUGCUGGUUGAGCUGAACCGUCCUAUAUGGAUCAAUGCAGAUAUCCUCUCUGGUCCUGGGGGACAGGCCAGACCUCUGGAGCCUCAGGCUUUCUUUUCUGCUGUGAGAACUCUCCCCACUCACACUGUGCUCUCUCUUGGGUGGACUACAGGAUGGUCUGCUGGGACAGAUAACCCAGGUUACAGCUGGGCUAUGGUGCAUGUGAUGGAGGAGAUAUGCAGAACCCUUAAAAAUCCAGUCACCUUUCCAGUGCGUGCAGGUCUCCUGGCCCAGUCAUUCUCCCAGCUCACAUGGCUGCUGCAGCAGUCAGACAGGUACACUCUAACCGUGUGGACCGGCCAGAAUGACAAGAUAACACUACAGGACUUACUGCCCUACAAAAAUAAGUUUGACAUCAGUAGGAUCUACUAUGACCUGCCAGACUCUUGAAGGACAGAGCUCAGUAUGACAUUGCAAGACAAUAAAUAAAUCCACCGCAAACACAUACUGAGAAGUUGUCUGGCUGUGGUUUCUUAACUCUGACAGACGGAUGCCCCCAAGUGGAGAAAGUGGAACUUGUCUCUGCCAAACUUUUCCUGUGGUUCAUCUGCCAUCGAUGGCAAAAAUGUGCUCUGUUGCACCUGUAACCAUAUUGAACAGUAAUGUCACAGGGUCCUGGAAUACACCUGUACAUCACUGCAGCAAGGUGAAAAGCACACAUGUCGAAGUGGGGUGAAUAUGAUAUGUAAUGUGAAGCGCUUUGAGUUGUCGGAAGACUAGAAAGGCGCUAUACAAGAACAGUCCUUUUAUCAUCAGCAAAGACAAGCUUUUCAUGUAGUUAUUCUUAAAGUAUCGAUAGUAAAAGUACUCAUUAUAAAGAAAAAUUGCCCCCAUGAGUAUUUUGUUAUCAUAUGUUAUAUUAUUGGGUCAUUAUUAAUUAUGCAAAGUAUAAGUAUAAAAUGGCACAUAGUGGUAAGAAAGUAUAAGUAUCUAAUAAUUGCACUUAAGUUCAGUACUUGAGUAAAUGUACUUAGUUACAUUUCACCACUGUAUAAUAUGAUAAUUUAAAACUUAGGUAAAGUUGGAUAAAGUCACAAAAUGCAAAACUGAUUACAGAGAAAUAUAAAGUUACUUUAAGAAUAUUUUGAAAACAUUAUAGUGAUGUUAGAAAUUACAUACAAGAAUGUUAAGUAUGUUAAGUUCACUGUAAAAUUGCUAAACCUACCAUAAAUGUUCUGAGAUUUAAAGUUCUAGGGCUUGAAAUAAAGUGAAUUAGUCCUCCAAAUGUUUUGUUUUGUUUCCGUACUAGUUGAUACUGUUAUUUUUUCAUAGACUGUUUCAAAAUAAUAUAUCACAUCUGUUGCUGCAUUUAGGCUUGUUAUUUUUAUGCACACAGAAUUGGAAUUGCUUAAAUAAACCACUUAAUAAAAUGAGAUACUGACACAGUUGUUGGUACUCCACAGAUGAAUUAAUUCAUUUGGGUGAUUGUUAACUGAACUUUUGUUAGAAGACUGCAUUCUUGUUUGUCCUCCAAUCCUGAGAGCCAAUGAACACAGCACUGGCCAGUUUGACCUGUGACGGAAGUCACCAGGUCAAUAAAAAGGUCUGCGAAAAUUUGUUCUGGCUCUUUCUCCUGGAAUCCAGUGUGGACUGCUCACCAGCAGAAACGCAACUAAAUUUUUCUCCUGCGCGCACACACAUACACACACAUUGCGCUUUGUUCUGUAGUCUAGUGUAUUUAGAGUAGAUUUCACAUUGUGUGUUGUUGCAUUGUUUAUCUUUAAAUAAAUGCUUGAGUACUUUU